AAGCAGCCAAACACUGAAGCACGUUCCAGGGAUCAGCAGGAGAACCAGAACCAGAACCAGAACCAGAACCAGAAGCAUGGUGGCCGCCUGUCUGGAGUGCCUGGGGAUGACGCUGUGCGUCGCGGGCUCGCUGCUGGUGAUGAUCGCCUGCGGGAUGCCCACCUGGAAGGUGAACGCCUUCAUCGAGAGCAACAUCGUGGUGGCUCAGACUACGUGGGAGGGGCUGUGGAUGUCCUGCGUGGUUCAGAGCACCGGACACAUGCAGUGUAAGAUCCACGACUCGGUGCUGGGCCUGGAGCAGGACCUGCAGAUAGCGCGCGCGCUGACGGUGAUCUCCGCGGUGCUGGGGGUGGUCGGGCUGGCCGUGACGGUGGCCGGGGCGCAGUGCACCAACUGCAUCAAGGACGAGACCGUCAAGAAGAGGGUGGUCUACGCCGGAGGCAUCAUCUACGUCUUCAGCGGGCUCUUCGUGCUGGUUCCGGCCUGCUGGAUCGCCAACAACAUCAUCGUGGGUUUCUACGACCCCAAAGUUCCUCCUGCGCAGAAGAGGGAGAUCGGGGCGUCCAUCUACAUGGGCUGGGCCGCCGCCGGGCUGCUGCUGUCCGGGGGGGCCCUGCUGUGCUGCUCCUUCAUCCAGGCAGCCCGGGGCUCCUUCCCCAUCAAACAGGCUCCAUCUAAAAGCAUCAGCAUCAGCGGGGACUUUGACAAGAAGCUCUACGUGUAAACCGAGCAGAGGACUUGAUGUGGGGACUUUUAGUUUGGGCUGACAGCCCGUCCUGCUCCAGAGGAUCCAACAAGUUUACAAGUUUAAACCUGUAAAAUAUGUGUUGCUGAAAUGAAUGUAGACCAGAUACCUGCGUGGAUCUAAGGGCUGAAAUCUGUGUGAACAGGUGAGCUGUGGGACUCAUCUCCUCAGCAGGUUGUCAUCAGAAGGACUUUUGGUUUUUACAUGUAGCUACAGAGGUUUCUACUCAUUCUGACCUUUUGUACAGUUUGUUUUCUAAUAAAAUAUACAGUAAAU